AUGCCCGCCAACGCAGUCCCACCAGCCAAAUGUCUCUGCGGCGGUAUCAAACUUACUUUUGAGGAAGAUGCUGAACCCGAGGUUAACUACUGCUACUGUAAGCACUGCUCAGCUGGCGCCGGCGGACUCUAUCAGCUCAAUUUCGCUUUCAAUGAAACUGCGGUCACUAUUGAAGACCCCCAAAAAUUGAUGGCGGUUUACAUUAUUACCGGCUGCGAGAGUGGAAAGCCAAAGCCAAAGUACUUUUGUGGAAAGUGCGGGUGCACGAUGUUUACAAAGCCGGAAGCUCUGCCGGGGAAGAUGUUUGUCAAAGGGAGUCUAGUGGAAGGGGGAUGCCAGAAUUUUAAGCCAACUGCGGAGUUAUUCAUCAAGUACCGACCUUCAUUCGUGGUCCCAGUGGAGGGGGCAGCCCAAUUGGAAUCUCAGUAG